ACCUGACGAGGCGGAAGACCAAGGGCUGUCAGUUGUUCUCUUAUUAAAGUACAACUGUAGCUUGCAAUGAUUCAUUUUAGACUUGUUUGGCUUCAAUUAAAAGCAUUUCUUUUCAUUUCAUUAUGCUUUUCGGCAAUGACCCGUGGUCAUUAUCUACCAACAUGGGACUCUCUCGAUUCAAGGCCUCUACCACAGUGGUAUGACAAUGCGAAGUUUGGAGUUAUGAUGCACUGGGGUGUUUAUUCUGUUCCGAGUUUUGGUUCUGAAUGGUUUUGGAAUCACUGGAAACAAAGAAAUUAUUCUUCUUGUAUAGAAUUCAUGAAGAAAAACUAUCCACCAGGCUUUACGUAUGCUGAGUUUGCUUCCAUGUUUAAAGCCGAGUUUUUUGAUCCAGAUGUUUUUGCUGACCUGAUCAAAAAGUCAGGAGCUAAAUAUGUAGUGUUUACAAGCAAGCAUCAUGAAGGAUGGACAAACUGGGGCUCAAAAUGGUCAUGGAACUGGAAUUCUGUAGAUAAUGGGCCUCACAGGGAUCUUGUUGGGGAAAUUGCUUCAUCUCUUAGGCAGAACACCAACAUCACGGUUGGUUUGUACUAUUCCCUGUAUGAAUGGUUUAACCCUCUCUAUUUACAAGACAAGAAAAAUGGAUUCAACUCAACUUUUUUCAUCAAGGAUAAAAUACUCCCAGAAUUACAUGAGAUUGUGAACAAGUAUAAGCCAGAAUAUAUCUGGUCUGAUGGUGAUUGGGAAGCUUCAGAUGCUUAUUGGGAAAGUAAAGCUUUUUUAGCAUGGCUAUUCAAUGAAAGUCCUGUUAAGGAUAGUGUGGUGGUAAAUGACCGUUGGGGUGCAGGCUGUAUGUGUCACCAUGGCUCAGUUUUUACAUGUUCUGACAACUACAAUCCAGGAGUGCUCGUUAAACAUAAAUGGGAGAAUGCAAUGUCAAUGGAUAAAAUGUCAUGGGGAUACAGACGUAAUGCGACACAGCUUGCUGAAUAUAACACUAUACAGGAGCUGAUUGGCCAGCUGGUUACAACUGUAAGUUGUGGUGGUAACCUGUUACUAAAUGUGGGCCCAACUGCUGAUGGUCGUAUUAUCCCUGCUUUCCAAGAACGAUUACUGCAGAUUGGWGAAUGGCUGAACGUAAAUGGAGAAGCAAUAUAUGGAACUAAGCCAUGGAGGGCACAAAACGAUACACUAACCAAGCAUAUCUGGUAUACCAGUAAAGAAUCGGUUACUUAUGCUAUCGUACUUGAAUGGCCUGAUUCAGAAAAACUGGAACUUGGACAGCCAAUCACUACAGAAGAAACAGAAAUAACUAUGUUGGGAUACCCAGGAUAUUUUAAGUGGACGACACCUCAGUCUGGAAAAGGCAUAAUAAUUGACAUACCAAUCAUACCUUUCAAUAAACUACCAACCAAGUGGGCGUGGACGUUCAAGAUUUUAAACGUUUUCUGAGAGCGUUAUGAUUUUCUUCCGUUUUAGUUGUUUUCUAUGUAUUCUUCGUUUGCACGUUACGUCAUCGAGGCCAUGUUGGUACCAUUUAACAAAAUAUUUUUCAUUAGCAUCCGUUGUUAACGGCACCACAAUGGCCGCCAUGGUUUUGUCUUUUGACGCUCUUAGGAAUGCUUGCAACCCAUCAAUAUAUGUGUGUUUGUGUUUUUCGGUCGCCUUAUAUCUAUUUAGUGCAUUAGGCCAAAAAAUUAUAAAAAAGUGAGCGGGUAGGCACAUUUGUUUGUUAUUUUUCUAACUUUUUAUUAUUGAAUGCUUUCUUUACAAAACAAUAAAUGUAUAAAUGGUAA